AAUCCAAAUCAAGAAUCUCUUCAUCAGCGUUUGGAUCUCCCCCCACCCCACAUCCACCCCUACUAUUUAAUAUUUCCUGAGCUUCCCUUUCCCCACUCUCUCUCUCUCUCUCUCUCUCUCUUACUCUCACUCUUUCUCUCUCCGCCCACACCGAGCUCGCUUCGGGGAGAGGGGGGGGGAGCGAUGUUUCCAGGGGUCUCGAGGAGGGGGCCGCCGCACAUUGAGAGCCCUAGAUUUCCGAUGGGCGGCGGCGGCGGCGGCGCCGGGCGGAUGCCGGAUCGCGGCGGUGGCGGGAGGGGGCGGCGGAAGGGGGUGGUGCGGUGUCGGAGGCAAUGCUUCUUCGGCGGGCUCGUCGUCGUCGGGCUCGCGUUCCUCGCCAUCGCCGUGUGGCACGACCGAUCCGUGGCCGUCGACGAGCGGCUCCGCCGCCUCCGCAGUGGAGGCGACGGGGACUGGCGCCGCCGCCGCCCCGCGGGGAGCGUGCUCCGCUUCGUCCCGUCCUCCCCGGCCCGGUGGUGGUCCGAGGAGGAGGGGGGCCUCGACCGCGUGAGAUCGGAGCGGGCGAUGGACGGCAUUCGCCCGCCUAGGUUGGCGCUCGUCAUAGGAACUAUGGAUGUAGAUUCACAAUCUUUGAUGCUUUUGACUCUGGUGAAAGGUCUUGCUGAGCUGGGAUAUAGGUUCACUGUUUUCACAUUAGUGGAUGGAGAUGCUCGUUAUUUGUGGGAAGUUUCUGGUCACCAAGUAUCUCUUAUAGGAUCUGAGAGCUCUGGCUUCAUUGAUUGGUCAAAUUAUGAAGGCAUUAUUUUGAGUUCUCCGGAAGGCAAAGGGCUGAUUUCAAGCCUUAUGCAGGAACCAUUCGUGUCUGUACCAGUUGUCUGGAUUAUUCAAGAAGACAUUCUCGGGCAGCGUCUAAAACGUUAUGCAGAGGAGCAGCAAGAUCUUAUGAGCCAAUGGAGAAGUGCUUUUAGGAGAGCUGAUGUUAUUGUAUUUCCAGAUGUUUCCCUUCCUAUGCUGUAUACUUCGCUUGAUACUCGGAACUUUAUUGUGAUUUCUGGAUCUCCGGCAGAUAUCUGGGCAGCGAAAAGCUACAGUCCAUCUAUUUCCAUAGAGGAUUUGAGGGAGUCUUAUGGAUUUAGCGAGAGAGACCUCAUGAUUCUAGUUAUUGGGAGCAGUUUCUUCUAUGAUGAAAUACCAUGGGAUUAUGCAGCGGCCAUGCAUGCCUUAGCACCACAGAUUUUAAAACUUACAAGGGUAUUAGAAAAUCAAGUAGAGUUUGCCUUUUUGUUUGGGAAAUCCACGGACGAUUAUGGGUCUGCCUUUCAGGAGCUUGCAACACAUAUGGGUUUUCCUGAUGGAUCUGUGAGGCGCUAUGCAAUGGAUGGUGAUGUGGAUACCUUGCUAGCUAUGGCCGAUAUUGUCCUCUAUGGUUCCUUCCAAGAGGAACCUAGUUUUCCUUCAUUGCUGUUGCGAGCCAUGUCCUUUGGAGCUCCCAUCCUUGCUCCUAAUUUGACUAUUAUUAAGAAAUAUGUUAAGAACGAGGUGCAUGGGUUCCUUUUUCAUCCUAGUGACCCUAGCACAUUGUCUAGAGCAUUCUCGCUUGUCAUAGGACAACAUAAAUUGUCUACGUUAGCUGGUUCUGUUGCUUCCAAGGGCCAAUCACUGGCUGAGAACAUGCUAGCGUUUGAUUGUAUCUCUGGUUAUGCAAAGCUUCUUGAGAAUGUACUCCAGUUUCCUUCAGAAGUAAUUCUUCCAGGUCCUGCGUCUGAAAUCAGACAAGAUACUUGGUUAUGGGAUUUGUUUGCAAAGAAAAUCAGAGAGAAAAAAGCGCAAUACGAGAAUCAUGGUAGUAACUACACAAGCAUUGUGGAUUUACUGGAGAUACAAUCUGCUGAAAAUCUCAGGGUUGCAAAUGAUACUUCUGUUGAUGACUACCCCACUCAGUUAGAUUGGGAUGACCUUGCUGAUAUGGAAAUAUUUGAAGACAUCGAGAGACGAGAACUGCAGGAGCUUGAAGAAAGGGUCGAAAGAACUUCAGAAUCGUGGGAGGGCGUGUAUCAGAAAGCUCGGAAAGCAGAAAAGUGGAAGUUUGAAGGAAAUGAGCGAGAUGAUGGUGAACUAGAAAGGAUCGGCCAGCCAGUUUGUGUCUAUGAGAUUUAUAGUGGUGAAGGAGCCUGGCCGUUUCUAAAUCAUGGUUCUAUGUUUCGAGGAAUCACUCUUUCCAAGAGUGCUAGGAGAUCAAAAUCAGAUGAUGUGGAUGCUGUUACUCGGCUUCCAAUUUUAAAUGAGACAUACUACAAAGAUAUCCUUUGUGAAUUUGGUGCCAUGUUUGCUAUUGCAAACAAGGUGGAUAGCAUACACAGGUUACCAUGGAUUGGUUUCCAGUCAUGGCGUGCUGCUGCAAAGAAGGUUUCUUUGUCUAAAAGAGCCGAGGAAACCUUGGAGGAGAUGAUGCUGGCAGACAAUAAAGGAGAUGCCAUCUACUAUUGGGUGCCAGUGGAUAUGGAUCAGGAUGAUGCUGAGAAAAAUAUGAAUCUCAAUUUUUGGUCCCUAUGUGAUCAUCUAAAUGCUGGCCGUUGCAGUGGUCAGUUUGAAGGCGCUUUUAGUCUGAUGUAUGGUCUGCCAGAGAAGAUGUCUGCCCUGCCCCCAAUGGUUGAUGAUGGUGACCAUUGGUCUAGCCUUCAUAGCUGGGUGAUGCCAACUCCAUCAUUCCUAGAGUUUAUCAUGUUCUCUAGGAUGUUUGUUGAUUCACUUGACAGCUUGAAUAACUAUGGCAGUCCGGCUACAUGUAUGCUAGGAUCAUCAAAUCCAGAGAAAAGACACUGCUACUGUCGUCUGCUGGAGCUCCUUGUGAAUGUCUGGGCUUACCAUAGUGCCAGAAAGAUGUUUUAUCUUAACCCAGUUACUGGAGAGGUCGCAGAGCAGCACCCUCUCGAGCAAAGAGAUAUGUGGUUGAAGUACUUUGACUUUGCAUUACUGAAGAGUAUGGAUGAGGAUCUCGCAGAGGAAGCAGACGAUGGCUUAGAAGUGAAACUAAGUCGCCGUUGGUUGUGGCCUUUUACCGGCGAAGUGCAUUGGCAAAGGAUCUUCGAUAGGGAGAGAGAGGAGAGGUACAGGCGGAAGAUGGAUAAGAAGAGGAAGGCGAAGGAUAAGCUUUUAGAUAGGCAGAAGUUUGGAUACAAGCAGAAAGCCUUGGGACAAUAAAUCAAAAGAUGAUAGCAACUCAGAAGAAGGGGGAAAAAAAAAAUCACCAAUAGUAACAGUUAGAUCCCACCAGAUCACAUUGGAUUGCAAUAGAAGGAUAACAAGUCAACAUGGAUGUUGAAAAGAUUCACGCAGUUAAGUUUGGUAAUUCUCGGUCGGACUGGAUUUACCAGGAAUGACGGUGUCAAUGUGAAUAUAUUCUUUUUGGCCCCUUAGUUUCAUCUCCGAAGGAGUAUGAUGGUACGAGGAGCUAGGCAACACAGAUUCAUAAUUCUUUUGUUGGUUCCCUUUUAUUGCUGAUGACCCGAAUUUUAGGAUCUUAAAAGUAGCUUACCACUGAUUGUUACGUUUUCUCCGCUGAUUCUUUAUUACCUUAUGCAUAGUUGUAAUAUCUGAUUCUUGUACAUGGACGAUAGUAAAGGAAAGUUUUGAUGGGAAAUGGUCUUCUCGGAAAGGUCAUAGUGUCAUAGUGGUUGACUCGUUUUAACUCUGUCAUUUUCUCUCCCUCAGCAAGUGGCUAGAAUGCAUUUUUGUUCCCUCAA